CCGGCGUUUCCGACAAUCCCAAAGCAUUUAAAUUGACGACACGUUGGUCCGACGAGUCUUACGGUUGCAAAGAUCGCCUUUUAUUUUAUUUUUGCCGGAUAUUUGGUAUUAUUUUGUCGUCUACUCCUUGAAAAGAAGAGACAAACUUUUGUACAAACCCCGUCUUGGGUUUAGCGUUUCGCCGCUCGAGCUAUUCGUAUCCCGUCGGUGCGGCCGGGGCUUUUAUCACGACCUAACGAGUCGACGACAAUUUGUUGCGGUACUCGUACAAUCUUCUUCUUCUUUCUUCAUCUCGUCUCAGUUUCCCCUCCUGGGGAUCGAGUCGACCAAGAACGAAAAGGCGUGGACUUUCUCUCCAAACCGGGGCAGGGAGAUUUCGGGGGUGCUGGAAACAAAAGUCGAUUGACAAAACCUAUCCGAACGAACGAACGACGACGACGACGACGACGACAGUAUCACCGGACCACACCAUUUUUUCGGUCCAUAAUUGACAAAAUUCAAUGUCUUCAUCAUCGACCGGAAAGAGGGACGCGGCUUCCAUCAUCGCCUCUGCGUCCCGACCUACCAGACACUCAUCGACGACCAAGUCGUACCGAAACGACGACCGACGAGGCCUGUGGUGUGAAACCCAAUGGACGAACCUGAGUCAACAGGCCAAAACUUUGGGUCUACCUGUCCUACCUUAUUUCGACCCAGAGACCAUGCUGUUGAGUAAGGAAAUCAAUCACAAAUUGUGGAUUCAGUUGGAAAGGUUGUGGGAUUAUUUGGGCCCAGAAAAGGCUCCUUACGCUUCACCCAUCAUGAUCGAAGGUGGAGAGGUCAAGUGGCAUUCUUUCCUACCCGGUGACAAGGGUGACGAGGUCGAGGUGUAUUCGAACAUUGUGGACAAGUUCAUGAGUGGCGCUCCCAGGCCUGGACAUUAUGAUGAUUGAGACGUGAGACGCAAGAUUUGAAAUUACGCAAUGUGUUGCAAGUCUUCGCUUCUCAAUGGAUCCCUUCCAGAGUGGGUUGACGUUGCGAAGCAGAGAGAUUGUGUGAUCAGAAUUCAAAAGGAACAAAGUGACGAGCGAAGAUAGGAAUUUGUCUAUUACUUUGUACCAAUCGAUAUUUCCAAAAAAACAAACCCCCCAAAGGAAUCAAUCGAACUGCUCAAAUCGUUGUUUGUCACAAGAGUGUGAUUGAGUGAGUGGUUGGUUGGUUGGAGGUUGGGCCAAAGAGAAUCUGUAUAUUUUCGCAUCAGCGUUCGUCAGAAGAGAAUUCAUCUUGACUUCACAUGCAGUGCAAAUGCAGAUAUCCAUCAAACAACAAAUGGUCACAAGUUUAAAAUGUCGGUGAGAGACAUAUCGUGUCUCCCAAAAGCUGACAUUCAAAUUCAAAUUUCUAUAUUUCUUGUUACUCAGGCCCAGCCAUCCU